AUGGCGUCGGUUUCGCCACCUAAACCGUGGGAGAGAGCAGGCACUGCUGGCGGUGGCACUGUAUUAUCAGCGUCCCCCGCCGGUAGUUCGACCAUGACUCCAACAGCCGCCGCUGCGACAGCGCCGACCGCUACCUCGUCCAUACCCACAUCCACCUCAACAACAUCAUCCUCUACUGCUCCCUCCUUACCUUCUCGCCCUGACACAUUGAACUCCGUUGUAAACCGGACUGCGUCGAACUACUCCCCCUAUGGCGCAUCGCGGUUCGGUACCACGCCGUAUGGAACCGGCUAUGGCGGCUACGGCGCAUAUUCGUCGCCAUACUCCCGCUUCGGUACGAUGGGCUCCAUGUAUGGAGGCUAUGGUGGCUACGGGGGUAUGUACGGCGGCAUGGGAGGCAUGGGAGGCAUGUACGGUGCCGGCAUGCCUGGCGACCCCAAUGAUCCCAACAGCUUGACGAAUUCGUUCAGCCAGAGCACGCAGGCUACCUUUCAGAUGAUUGAGAGUAUUGUGGGUGCAUUCGGUGGGUUUGCUCAGAUGCUCGAGAGCACAUAUAUGGCGACUCAUAGCUCCUUUUUUGGUAUGUUCCUGUCACCAGUGCCUGCUUUUUUGGAUAUUGCUAACUUCUUCAAAGCCAUGGUCUCUGUUGCAGAGCAGUUUGGCAAUCUGCGAAAUACGCUUGGGUCCGCUUUGGGGAUUUUCACAAUAAUCAGAUGGUUUCGAACGUUGAUUGCGAAGAUUACGGGGCGUCCUCCGCCGGCUGAUGCUGCCUCUCUUACCCCGUCUGCCUUUGCGGCCUUUAUGCACGGGCGCUCGGCGCCUGCUACGCUCCCAGACGGCUCUCCUGCUCCCCCCAAGCCUUCGAAGAAGCCCUUCUUCAUGUUCCUUAUCGCCGUUUUCGGUCUUCCCUACUUGAUGGGCAAGCUCAUCAAAGCCCUCGCGCGCUCACAGGAGGAGCAGCGUAAGCAGAUGAUGCUGGGACCAAACGGGGAACCCAUGCAAGCGCCAUUGGAUCCAUCGAAGCUUGAUUUCUGCCGAGUCUUGUAUGAUUACACUCCCGAGUCUCAGGAAAGCGCCGGCAUCGAUCUGGCCGUUAAGAAGGGUGAUAUUGUCGCUGUUCUCAGCAAGACGGACCCCAUGGGCAACGCAUCUGAAUGGUGGCGCUGCCGCGCUCGGGACGGCCGUGUUGGCUAUCUCCCAGGGCCUUACCUCGAAACCAUCCAACGAAGACCUGCGCAGCAGGCCAUCACCUCCGGUAGCGAAGCGGGCAGCCGUAGCAAUACCAUGACGUCGGUCAUUGAAAAGGCGCAGGUCGGCGAUGAGAAGAAGCCAGUCCUGAAGGGGAAAAUGGGUGAUAUCUCGCCGGAGAGCUUUCAGAAGAGUGCAUUCUACUCAUAA